AUGAGCGCGUGUGCCCUCGCAUGCGAGGGUGUGACUGGUACUAGUCCAGGAGAUUAUGUCCGCCCGAGAAGAGAAUCGAAUCGGAUGUGCAAUGCGAGCAUGAUCGUGGAACCGCACAGCGAGAAUCCGGGAGGCUGGCGGGGAACAUGUGACCGCGUCUGCUGGAACUCUUUUCCGUUCUACUGCCUCCUCCUCCUCUCCUCCUCCUCCCUCCCUCCCUCAUCAUCAUCCACCACCACCACUACUAUCUACCAGAAGGGGCUGGUCUCUUGGCUACCUUACCCUGCCCGCUCUAUCACCCUUCUUCUCCGCCGCCAUCUUUCGCUGUUUCCCUGCUUUAGUUUCCCUGGUUUCCUGUUCCCUCCCCCGUCAUCCUCAGCCUCCUCUUUAAGGAAAAUCCGUCCCCGUGCUCUGCCUCUCCCAUCCAUGCAGUCCUCCGGCCUUUCCCGUUCUUUGCGAAGUCCAUCAGCCCAGCAUUUCCCGUCCGGCUCGGGGAGCAGCGGUGAUUCCUCCGCCAUGGCUUCCGCACCACGCAGUUCAUCCAGCUCCACGAGGUCGCAGUCCUCGAAAAGCACGGUGCCCGAGAGACAGAUUAACCAGAUCGAAAAGAGCGUCACCCAUCUUUUGGUCGCCACGAAGCAACUACUCGAGACUCUCACGCAAUGGUCUCGUCGACAAGCAUCGGAGAAUGAGGUGUCAGAUGUCUACGUUCGGCUGGGGUAUGAGUUCAACCUGGCCUGUCGCGCCUUCAAUGCUAUCGGAGUCGACACCUCAGAUCUUGGCCCCGUACCGGAUCUCCUCCGGACGAUUCUCGAAGACACCCUCAGUCAAGAUGCAUCUCCACAGAGCCUCGAUCGCUACCUUCCACGGAUCCGGGACAUCAUCAUCAAUCUGCUUCAUGGGCUAAAGAAGAAACAGGCUCGCUUGCGAUCCCGACAACAGAAGGAGGAAAGCAGGCCAUUGCCCGGUCGCCAUACAAGUGCGAGCAGCGCAACCUCAGGACAGGCGGCGUUGAACCAGGCGUAUGAGGAAACAGCUUCCACGGUAUCAUCGUCACCAAAGCGAUCGACUCGUCGGUAUGGCAGCAGUGGCUCCAUGGAGGAUCCGGGUGUGGCGCGAGCAUCUUCGGUGCCAUCGACUGAUGCGCGGGGUUCGAGCUUCUCCGAACGAGAAGCGUCGAGGCGCGAGGCACAAAGUAUUUUGUCCCAGACCCCUCAGCUAGACACGACCAAAGACACCGGGUCUUCGACCAACGCCGCGGCUUAUCCCACACCGCCCCCUCCGCCUCCCCCGAAACAGGAUGAUGCUUUAGGUGCCUUGCAGAGGAGUGGAGAGCUGGAGCGCCGUGCGUCUCGAAGGUUUUCCGCGUAUCAAAUACAAAAGCACCUUGGUACUUCGACCAACGGCGUUCCAGUCCUCCCGACCCAGAAUUCUCCGAUACCUAAUCGCGGCCGCGAUGUCCGCGAAUCAUUGAAUGCUGUGCGUUUGCGUGGAUCCACCCAUGGGCGGCAGCGGUCGACAAAUCGAUUGCAGGAAGUGAAGACCACCCAAGCACAGGCGCCUGUAAAUGUCCCCAGUAUUGAGGAGGAGCGUUCGAAGCCUCGCGUUGAGUCGCCGGCAGAGCUCCCUGCAGAAGAUCCUACCGCAAACGAAGACAAGCCCACCGAGCGUCCUGAGGGCGACACGGCAGACAACUCGGUCAUUGGACAACGUCCGGAGUUACCCCGUCCUUCUGAAGAGCCGUCGCUUGCGGAGGCAUUUGAACCGACCAAGGAUACCACAGCAUCUGCAGCUAUCCCUCCUGGAACCCCCAAGUCAGAGCGCCAACAGCCUACGGCCACCACUUCUACGCCCCCGCAGUCAUCUCAGUAUUCUCCUGAGCAGCAGUCCCCGGGCAAGGAGCUCACGUUGUUUUUACAGUACAGGAGCAAGAUCAAGAAGUAUGUCCUUCCAGAAGGAUACGCUGGUCUCACUAUCGGAAGACUUCAGCUCGCUUUUAUCGAGAAGUUCGCCUGGAACACACACAACGACGGAGUCGACCUGCCCGAAAUCUACGUGCAAGACCCAGUGUCAGGGGUGCGGCAUGAGCUGGAAGACUUGAACGAUGUUAAGGAUCGGUCUGUCUUGGUUCUGAACGUCGACAUACUCGAUGAGGUCAAGAAGCAUUUUGACGACGAAUUCGGUGGAGUCCGCCGCCUGAUCGAGGGAGUGAAGGGCGCCCUGGAGGGCCAGGAGAGUAUGAUGCAACGCGUGUCAGAUCGUCAACUUGAGGCAGCGAAAGAAAUGGCUCGUCUUGCUGCAGCGCCUCCUGCGCCCGCUACGGGGGCUUCAAAGACUGGCGAAAGCCGGAAGGAUCCGAUCAGGGGGAGCGACAGUCAGAUUGCAGAGCUGCAGAGUUUACGACGCGAUUUAGCUGUACUCCGACAGACAUACUCCAAUUUCUCGACUGACAUUGCAGGCUCGAUGAGCGCGAUCCGCAAUAAGGCAGGUACCCUCAAGUCUGCCGCAGCGGAGGUCUCUGUUCCAUCUUUUGAAGGCGAUGCAGGCCGCGCGCGCGUUAACUCCGGGAAGAAGGAGCUUGCGGAGGAGUCCGAGCGCCUUGUGGCGCGCGUUGAUGAUUUGCAGGAUCUGGUCGAGGAUCUCCGUAAGGACGUUGUCACCCGUGGUGUUCGACCCAUCCCCAGGCAGCUGGAGUCCGUCAGCAAAGAUAUCAGUGCCGUUACCAAGGAGAUCAAGAAGAUGCAAGAGUUUCUCAAGCGGGAGAAGCCCGUGUGGACGAAGAUCUGGGAGAAGGAGCUUCAACUGGUUUGCGAGGAGCGUGAUCAGCUUACCAUGCAAGAAGACCUCGCGGCCGAUCUCCAGGAUGAUCUAGAGAAGGCAGCGCAAACAUUCGCCCUUGUCGAGCAAGCCACGAAGCAGCAGACGAUGCAGAACGGCACUGGAGGUCCCGUGUUACGUCACACGUCUCGGAACGUGGUGAUUGACCCGGCAGUUGACCUUUCGAAAGCUAAAGACAGCGUCUUGGGCGAGGUGCGUGCUCUGCAGCCCAAUCACGAGUCCCGCCUGGAAGCGAUCGAGCGGGCGGAGAAGGCGCGUCAGAAGGAAUUGGAGACUCGCCGGGUCGGACUCUUCCAGAAAGAGCUCGGGGCGUUCGUUGAGGAGGGCAAGUUGAAGAAGAGUGGCGGUGUGGAAGAGGCCGAAAGACUUCGUCGGACCAAGGAUGACCGCAUUCGCAGGGAAGUUUGGGAGAGGCAACAGGCUCGAGCGGCUGAGAUGGAGAAGGCGGAAGCGGAGGCUGCAGCUGCAGCUGCGCAAGAAGCGCAGGCUGAACCCCCGACGGAUGAAGAGCCCGACGAUGCCGAGGCCAAGCCGGACGCCAACGAGGAGGUAGACGCCGAGAGCGGCGAGGAAGCCGCUAGGGAAGAGGAGGACACAUCUAAAGGAAAGGCCCCGGCCUUGGAGGAUGAGGAAGAAGAGGGAGAGGAAGAGACGAAAGAAACGUUUUUGGAUGCCGAGGAGAACGAGGAGACUGACCGGGAGAGCACGGCGGACGAACAUAACCCGAGGACGGAACAAUAG